CUCAGUGUCAGCAGGCAGCUCAAGAGGUUGCAGACGAUGGAGUCACAGGUGGAGGAGUGGUACAAGGAGGUGGGUGACCGGGCAGCGCCGCGGCCCGCGCAGGCAGCGGGCAGGCAGACAGUGGGGGAGCGGCAGAACGCGGUGGGGACCCGCAUCGUCCGUCUCAUCGAGCCCCUCAAGGAACGUCGGAGAAUCCUGUUGGCUUCCAAGGAGGUUCAUCAGGUCAGCCACGAGCUGGAGGACGAGGUGCUGUGGGUGCAGGACCGGCUGCCCUUGGCCACGUUGAAGGACCAUGGCACCAACCUGCAGACAGUCCAGCAGUUCAUCAAGAAGAACCAGAACCUCCGCCGGGAGAUCCAGGUCCAUCGUCCUCGUGUGGACGAGGUGCUGGAACGUGCUGGAGCCGUCGCCUCCAUCAAGAGCCCCGAGGCUGAAGGGGUCCGACGUCUUCUGGAGCGGUUGGGGACCAUGUGGGGGGAGCUGCAGGAGCAGGCAGAGCGCAGGCAGCAAACCUUGGAUGCCACCUACCAGCUGGAGCAAUACUACUUCGAUGUGGCUGAGGUGGAGUCGUGGCUGGGCGAGCAAGAGCUGCUGUUGAUGAGCGAGGAGAAAGGGAAGGAUGAGCAGAGCACCCUACAACUCCUCAAGAAGCACCUCCUGACGGAGCAAACGGUGGAGAACUACGAGGAGACCAUCGCCCAACUCUCCCGACAAUGCCGUGCCCUUCUAGAGCUUGGCCAUCCUCAAAGCGAACAGGUCAGCAGGCGGCAGUCGCAGGUUGACCGGCUGUACGUGUCUCUGAAGGACCUGGUGGAGGAACGCAAGGCCAAGUUGGAGCAGCAAUAUUGGCUCUACCAGCUCAACCGCGAGGUGGACGAGCUGGAGCACUGGAUUGCUGAGAAGGAGGUGGUGGCUGGCUCACCGGAGCUGGGACAGGAUUUCGAGCACGUCACGCUACUCCAGGAGAAAUUCCUGGAGUUUGCCAGCGAGACGGGCAGUGUUGGGCAGGAGCGGAUCGCCGCUGUCAACCAAAUGGUAGAUGAGCUGAUCGACUACGGGCACGCCGACGCUGCCACCAUCGCUGAAUGGAAGGAUGGGGUGAACGAAGCUUGGGCAGAUCUUCUGGAGCUGAUGGAGACCCGGGCACAGAUGUUGGCAGCUUCCCAUGAAUUGCACAAGUUCUUCAAUGAUUGCAAAGAGGUUUUGGGGCAAAUCGAGGAGAAAAGGCAACGCCUGCCUGAACUGGCAGCCCGUGAGGGCAGGACGUCGGCCGGCGCCUUGCAACGGGCAUUGGGUGCCUUCGAGCACGACGUGGAGGUGUUGGUAACCCAAGUCCGGCAGCUACAAGAGGGCGCGGCACAGCUGAGGACCCUCUAUGCCGGGGACAAUGCCGAGGCCAUCGCCGGAAGGGAGCAGGAGGUGCUACGGGCAUGGAAGGAGCUCUUGGCGGCCUGCGAGGAGUGCCGGCUCCACGUUGCCAGCGUCGCUGAUAAGAUCCGUUUCGUCGGCACUGUGAGAGACCUUCUUGCCUGGAUGGAUGGUGUCCUCUGCCAGAUCGGCGCUGGAGAGAAACCCAGGGACGUCUCCUCAGUGGAGCUGCUGAUGAACGACCACCAAGGUCUCAAGAGCGAGAUUGAAGCCCGCGGCAAGAGCAUUGCCGCCUGCCUGGAGCUGGGCAAGACCCUCAUCCUCAGCAAGAGCCCGGCGGCCGAUGAGAUCAAAGCCCAUGUGGAGAAGCUGCUUGCGAAGAAGAAGGAGAUGAUGGAGAAGUGGGACAAGCACUGGGAAUGGCUGCAGCAGAUGCUGGAGGUGCACCAGUUUGCCCAGGAAGCGGUGGUGGCCGACGCUUGGCUGACGGCACAGGAGCCCCUCCUGAAGAGCCAGGAGCUGGGCAGCAGUGUGGACGAGGUGGAGCAGCUGAUCCGGCGGCACGAGGCUUUCCGUAAGGCAGCCGCCGCUUGGGAGGAGAGGUUCAGCUCCCUGAGACGGCUCACCACGAUCGAGAAGCUGAAA